GGUACCGUUAAGAGCACGCAGCGGCCAGUGCGAGCCCGCGCGUGAUCGACGCUCCCCGACCACGACGUCUCGGCGAUCUCCACUAGACAGACGAACCGGUCGGAUCACUUCUUACUUAAUCCUUACAUAAACUAGUGCCAAAAAUAUCUAGUUUCUCUAAAAUAUGACCUAAAUAUAUCCUAAAGUGUACGUGUUUUGACAUCCAAGUGUCGGUGAAGGGACAUUCGGGUCCAGCGGCUGUGUAAGUUGUACGCUCGCUCAACAAUUUAAACUUUCGAAACUUAGUAUUUUUCCGUUGCAACGAAAAUGGAUUUGCAAUAUGAAGAAAAUGGUGCGCCGUUCGUGAUGUGGGGAGACAGUAAGAUCCAGCUGGAGAAUUGGCCGAUCACGGAAAAGUUUUAUACGGAAAAGGCAGAGACCGAAUUACGAGAGACGCCUGAAGUAGUUGCAAAAGCUUUAAGAGAACUGAGAGAACUAUUAAAAGGUGAAAAAAACCUUAACAUUCCUAUUGAAAAUGAUGACUUUCUGAUGAAAUUCCUCAGGCCCUGCAAAUUUUAUGCAGAUAGUGCUCUAAAGAAGAUACAAGCUUUCUACAAAUUCCGGCAAGCGCAUGAAACUUACUGUCACAACCUGAUGCCAUCGGUGGUGCGAGCCGCCUUCGACCACUCCAUAAUAUCCAUCCUGGCGCCUCGCGAUCAGCAUGGUCGGCGUAUCAUGUUCGUCGAGUCCGGCAAGGGCUGGGACCCUCGCGCGGUGCCUCUAUCCGAAGUGUUCCGCGGCGUCCAGCUGGGCCUGGAGGCGGCCAUGACGGAGCCGCGCACGCAGGUCUCCGGCGUCAUCGUCAUCAUGGACAUGCAGGGGCUAGCCCUUAGCCAUGUGCUACAAUUCACGCCGUCCUUCGCAAAGAUGGUCGUCGAGUGGGUGCAGUUCUGCAUCCCGAUCCGGCUAAAAGCGGUGCACAUCGUGUACCAACCGUAUGUGUUCAACAUGGUGUUCGCGCUGUUCAAGCCAUUCCUGCGCGAGAAGCUGCGCUCGCGCAUACACUUCCACGGCAACAACAUGGACUCACUCAAGGCACACGUGGACGGCAAAGCGCUGCGUCCGCGCCACGGCGGUUCCCUGCCCGAGUUGGAGGUUACUGGAGAGCUGCUGUGGAAAAUGCUGUCACAUUACGAGGACGGUUUUAAAUUGGCUAACUCCUACGGCUACGUAAAGAACAAUGAAAAUCACAAAUAACGCAGAUCUAACUGGGGCCAAAUUCGACAUGUGCAACUGUCAGAUUUCGCAUCCACGUCAAAUCAACAGUUGAUUUUAUUGCAUAGGUACUGAGUGUUGAUUCCAUCAACGGUGGAUAAUAUCAUUUGGUACAACCAAAACUCAACUCUAAACUAAGGGUGGUUCGGUUUAGUUUGCUUGUCACCCUAACUAUGGAUUGUUAAUGUCAAAUUUUGACAUUGUACGUAUUCGAGAACUUAUGAUUUUUCCCUCAUCAACGGGAGAUCUACACGAUACGUCAAACGUCGCUUGUCGAAUAGGGGUCCUGAUCAACUAUUAUAGUUACAUUAAGUAAAUUGUCACAUAUUAUUAGUUAUGAUAAAUAAGGAUGUGGGUCAACAUAUUAUACUGUGUAUUAUCUGUAAAUGCGUCAUUCAGGGAAUAGGGAUAGUGAAAUUAUUCCGAAUCAUCAGCCGCAUGAAAACAAUGUCGUUUGCCUGACAACCUCGUACCUAGUUUGAUUCAGUGACAACUUUAGAUGUACAUACGAUCUAAUGUGUAACACUGCUUCGCACUUCGGAGCGACGUCCGGUGCUGCGAUUUUUACACCUUUGUAGUUACUGUAGAAUUUAAUGUAGGUAAAAGUACAAAUGCUUUCGUCAUCAAAUGUUGUCAUACGUGGAUCGGCUCGAUUCGGGAAAUCAAUUAGAGACUCAGUAGAUAUGAAAUAGUAAAGAUAUGUGACGUUCCACUGCAAAAGGUACUUUAUGGCGACUGGCGCCGCGAUUCGGGAAAUGAAUUAGAUAUUCACUAGAUAUGAAAUAGUGAAGACAUGUGACGUUCCACAGAAAAAGGUACCUUAUGGCGGCCGGCGCAUAACGCCGCAAUAAUAAUAAUAUUGGAGCGGCGUUAAUGAUAGCGUAAGCGCCAACCGCCAUAAGGUACCUUUACUCGUGGGACGUCACAUAUCUUUACUAUAACGUUUCUAGUUAAUUUCUAAUUCAUUUCCCGAAUCGUGCCGGAUGUGACGGGGUGCAAGUUUUCAGCAAGAGUAAGAUGUAUUCCCAGUUCUUCUGUUGUCGGUACAAGAAUAUAGGUAUGUACCUAUGUUUAAAAGAAACAUAUCUUUAUUAAGUUUAAUGGCAAGUGAUAUUAGGACAAAACUGUAGGGAUAAUUACGGUAGGUAAUUAAUAUUAUGAAUAGGAAAUAUUUCUCCGCAUUGUAUUUUUAUAGAUGCGAUUUUAGCUAUUUAGUAGCGUGACAUUUACAAUUCCUACAUUCCACAAGGACUAACUACCUCCUACUUACAAUAACUCAUUAUGGACUGUGUCAUACUCUCAGGAAAACGUAAAAAAAAAUUAGACACAAGCUGCUAUUCUGUUGAUGUGGCCUGAAUUUCACGAAGUAAGAACAUUUUCACUAUUGUGUAAGUCCUUACCUACCUAUUAAUAUUAUCUAAUUUAAAAGUUACCUCAACAUGAUGUGAUCAUUUGGAAAGAUUGUCCUUUUAGUAGGUAUUUUUUUACACAUAAAUACUUAUUUCAAUUUUUAAUAUUUUUAUAAUAAAACAUAAAAAUGGAUA